ACACGCAUGCGCAUUGAGGUUCACCCUAGUCAGCAGUAUGAGAAAUGGUCCAUGCAAUCUUGAUUCCUCUCCCAACUCCGAGGUUACUCCAUUGGAUUUGAAAUGUAAAAUGGUUAAGGUACGAUUUGAGGUUAUGGUUAGGGAACUGUAGUAGGGGUUAAGGUUAGGGUUUAGGGUAGCGACGUCCCACGGUACCCGGGUAGCACUACCCAGGAUAAAAUGGCAGCACCUUUGAGGCAAGGAGGACAGCAGCCUCUGGAUGCUGCUAACCUCAAAGACCUGAGAGUGGCUCUGAAUGGCUUCUUGGCCAAAGGAGAGACGCUCAAGCUGGAGACUAAGUCUGACCCCCUCCAUCUUGGGUUGAAUGACAGUCAGCGUCAGGGACAAAAAAUGAUGCACCAAGUCACUGGCAGCAGCAAUGACUAUUGCAUGAGUGGCCUUGCAGAGGAAUGUCAACACCCAACCAGCCACUUUGACUUAUGUAGCUCGCAAUCCAACAAAUUCUACCCUUCGCCUCCACCCCCUACUCUACAGCUGCCCCACCCAAACCUGCACAAGCCCAUGCCCUGUCAAAUGCAACAAGAGCCCCAGAAUGAGUUCCACCCUCAGACAGUGAGGAUCCGAGGGCCCAGUGAGACUCCAACUGGGACAGAGAGCUCCAAGAAAAAGAAAGGAGGCGUCGUCAAGUCCGGCCGUAGAGGGAGACCCUCGGGGACCACGAAGUCAGCCGGUUACCGGACAAGCACUGGACGUCCGUUGGGGACCACGAAAGCUGCGGGGUUCAAGACCAGUCCCGGCAGGCCUCUGGGUACGACCAAAGCAGCAGGCUACAAGGUUAGCCCUGGCAGGCCUCCUGGUAGCAUCAAGACUCUGGCUCGGCUCAAGAAACUGGAGUACGGGAGCUGUGAUGUUACCAAGAAACUAGGCUUCAGUAACUGCGUCGGCGGAGCCAAGAAACUGGACUAUGCCAGCUGUGAUGGUACCAAGAAAUUGGACUAUGCCAGCUUCGAAGUGGCACCUUUCCCUUACAACCUGAUGCAGAAACGAGGCCUGCGUGAGCCUACUGGCAAAGUGGAGGAACCUAACGAGUAGUUAUGCCUGCGUCUCGUAUCUAUUGCCUGGAAAUCAUAUUUGAGUGCUUUUCCUAAAGGGUGUUGAUGUCUAGAAGGGACUCAUGUAGCCAAAAUAUUGGUUGACUUUUGGAUAUGUCUGGCACUGGUUACUAAUGAAUGGCUCCUCCUCUCUUCAUUGCACUCUGCUGAUAUUGUCACCAUGUAAUCUGUCCCUAUCCAAAGACUGAAAUCGCUCUCUUUUUUUCAAUAAGUUUGUUAUCUUAUUUUACAGAAAUUGCAUGAUAAAGCAUAUAAUAAAUACAGUCAAUAUACUUUAGCUAAACAGGAAUGAGAAAUAGCCUACUAUUAGUCAUAAUCUAGUCAAAUGCUCGCUGUCUGGAGAAGGGUUGAUGUUUUGUUUAAAUGUUUAAAUAUCUGACUUUCAUUCAUCUGUUUAUUUUAUGCUCUGAUAUAAUGUGCUUUUAUCAUUAGUAGUUUGCUUGUCCUCCUGAUGUUUUCCACAUUGAAAAUGCAUCUGAGUAGAAAACAACACAAAACACACUAGCAAAACAUGAAUCUUAGUAGGAAACAACACAAAACACACUAGCAAAACAUGAAUCUUAAGCACCUCCCAGAGUGCGUGUGGCAGUGUUUGUGUCUUUUUGUGUUGUAUGGUAUAACAUUUUUUAUUUGUAUUUAUACAUAGCAUAUUUAUACACAGGAUUUCAUGCAAUAUAACAUUGUUACAACAUGUUUUUUGAAAUUGUGCUUGAACUUUUGGGCCUCCCGAGUGGCACAGCGGUCUAAGGCACUCCACCGCAGUGCUAGAGGCGUCACUUCAGACCCGAGUUCGAUCCCGGGCUGUAUCACAACCGGCUGUGAUUGGGAGUCCCAUAGGGUGGUGCACAAUUGGCCAAGCGUCGUCCCAAGUUAGGGGAGAUUUUGGCCGGGGUAGGCCGUCAUUGUAAAUAAGAAUUUGUUCUUAACGGACUUGCCUAGUUAAAUAAAGAUUACAAAAAAUCAAAAAAUAAACUGACACGAACACAGUGCAUCUGAAAACCUCUCAUAAUACUUAUUUGACGACAAAGGAAUUGUUAUUUCUAACUCUUUGUGAAUAUUAAUGUUUUUGUCUUCUCAAUGUACUGUAUUAUCCUUUAUUCUUUGUUCUCACAAGUGAACUAUCAAUUGAUUAAAGCAAACCCAGAAUGGUGUUGAGUAGGAACUAUCAUUUUAACCAACGGAGAAAAUGCUUUAUGGUGGAUUAUGUGUAACGAUAAGAUAGUUUUCUGUAUGUAUGACCAAAAAUUAAAAUGAAAUGGUCAUUCUUAAAUGAUAUUGUCUUGACUGUCACUGAUAUUUUAAUAGUGUAGUGUAUAAACAACAGUGUAGAUCAUUUCCAUUUGUAAAGUGUAGACAAAAAUCUGUAUCUUAUCAUAUCAUGGGGUCCAGGUCCCCCUAUGAGCCAGUGGACUCCACCUUUAUAAAACACUGAUUGCAUGUCCAACCACUCUAAAAUAAAUAUAAGAAAUACUGUUUUAAUCCU